AAGCAAACAUGAUUCUCACUGAAGUCAGCCAGCCAACUGAAGGAAUCAAGCUUGCCACAACCAAUGUACAGGCUUUCUUCAAGAUUGACUCACUUGGAAACGGAACCCUUUACAUUACCGAUAGUGCAGUUAUCUGGAUCAGCUCGGCCGCUGGAACAAAAGGAUUUUCGGUUGCCUAUCCAGCAAUUGUUCUUCAUGCCAUAUCCACUGACGUCUCCGUUUUCCCAUCAGAACACAUAUUUGUCAUGGUUGAUCAGCGGAAGUCAGUACGAAGACGGAGACGUGCGCCUGUUCUGAGGACAAUACAGGAAGAUGACGAGCAGAGAGGCUUGGAACUUGCUGCUGCAGAGCUCGAAGACGAAGAAAGUGAUGAUGAUGAGGAAGAACCAGCACUUGAAAUCCGUUUUGUUCCAGAUGACAAGGAUUCAUUAAGCCAAAUUUACCAUCAAAUCGCUGUUGGACAAGAGGAAAAUCCAGAAGAAGACGAUCCUAUGUAUGACGACGAAGAAGAGGAAAUGGAAGAAGAGAUGGGUGACGACGGACAAGGACAAUCUGGACAGUGGUUCACAGCUGAUAAUAUUGAUCAUAUGCAAAUGAGUGAGGAAGGUCUUGCCAAUAUGCAGAGAAUUUUCGGAAGAGGCGAUCAACAUCAACACCAUCAUAACGAAGAUGAAUCUAUGGAAUAAACCAACACAUUUUCAUUUUUCAUAAUAUCUUACCCCGUUUUCUCAUCGAUCUUUCUUUCAAAAUAUUCCAUGUUGUUAUUGACCCGUGUUUCACAAAUUUUGAAAUUUAUUGAAUCGCUUUUUAACUAUUUGUUUUCUAAAAAAGAAUGGUUU